AUUGCACGCUCUCUAUCACCUUGUACAGCACCAUGCAUCAUUCAUAGAAUUUCCAUUGUUUUAUCUCACUCGUUCAAUCCCUUUACAGUAUGGACCGGCAUCAGCGCAUCGUUACACAGGUGGCUUCCAAAGUCAGGGAGUACUUUAUACGCAAAGAGUCGUUCAGAAUAAAUCAUGGAUCAACCAACAGCACACGUCCUUCUCUUAAGAAACGCGUAGUGGACAUCAGCGAAUUACGGAAUGUGGUUAAGGUCGACACCGCAUCACGGACAGCUCUUGUGGAGCCGAACGUGCCUAUGGAUCGUCUCGUAGAGGCCACUCUCCCCCACGGCCUUGUGCCCCCUGUUGUUAUGGAGUUUCCCGGAAUUACUACGGGAGGCGGCUAUGCAGGAACAGCAGGCGAAAGUAGCUCGUUCCGACAUGGUUUUUUUGACCGCACAGUCAACUCUGUUGAGAUGGUACUAGCGGACGGCAAUGUCGUCAAGGCGUCGGAGCAGGAGAAUGCGGACCUGUUUCGCGGAGCAGCAGGUGCAGUGGGGACGCUAGGCGUCGCAACCCUCAUCGAGCUGCAGUUAAUCCAAGCAAAGCGAUUUGUAAAGACGACGUAUCACCCCACCAGGAGCAUUGCGGAGGCGGUCCGCGAUAUUCGAAAGCAGACUGAAGUGCCGGACAAUGAUUACGUCGAUGGUAUUCUCUUCUCAAAAGACCAUGGUGCGAUCAUCACAGGUGAAAUGACAGACGAGAUUCCGGCAGAUCACAAACCCCAAACCUUUUCUGACCCUUGGGAUCCCUGGUUCUACCUGCAUGUUGAAGAACGCACGAGAAAUGCCUCAUCUCCUGUCAUAGAGUACAUCCCGUUGGCAGAGUACAUGUUCCGGUACGACAGAGGCGGUUUCUGGGUAGGUCGCUCCGCGUUCAACUACAUGAGCUUUCCCUUCAACAAGGUCACAAGAUGGUUCCUCGACGAUUUCCUUCACACUCGGAUGCUUUAUCGCGCGCUACAUGCUAGUGGGGAGUCCAAUAGCUACGUGGUUCAAGACAUGGCACUACCCUACCCGAACGCCGAGGAAUUCAUCAACUAUACCGACGAUAAAUUUGGGAUCUGGCCGCUUUGGCUGUGCCCGUUGAAGCAGUCGCCACAACCUACCAUGCAUCCUCACUCUAAAGGCGCCUUGAAGGAUGAUCAGAUGCUGAACAUCGGACUCUGGGGAUUCGGACCAAGAGACCGCAAGCAGUUCCUGGAAAAGAAUCGCGACUUGGAGAAGCGCCUGGGCGAGCUCGGAGGCAUGAAAUGGCUAUAUGCCCAUACCUACUACAGUGAGGCGGACUUCUGGAAGCAGUUCGACCGUGAGUGGCACGAAGAACUACGCAAGAAGUACAACGCAACUACCCUACCUGGCGUUCACGAUAAGGUUCACGUCGACAUAGAAAAGCUGGAGACUUUAGCCAAACAAGACUGGGGUAUGCGAAUUAGGUCAAUAUGGCCGCUUGGGGGUUUCUGGGGAAUAUGGAAGUCGAUACAGAGCGGAGACUACCAUAUAUCAAGAAAAUCAACUUGGAGAUGGCGGUAAGCUACUCGGUAAACAGCAAAUAUAUGCCCAAACCACUUGUAACAUAGUGUACACAACUUUGUAAUUCUGCUGGUCAGUUGUGGAAGGGACAGCUUGGUGGCAUGGUGUAUCUACUUUUAUAGUUAAAAUAACUACAAUCACAAUGGACGGGU